AUGCCUGCAGGGGGGAACCUGACUCGAGUGAAACGCAUCCUGUCCCAGGGUCUGGUCGACAUCAACAGUAGAGACGUGGUGGCAGCAGGAGUCAUUGCAAAAACACCACAUAUGGUUGUCAUGGUUAAUGAAGGCGGCGACAACGUCCUGCACUGGGGCUGCAAAGGGGGACAUCUGGGUAUGGUGAAGUAUCUGCUUUCACUAUGCAGUCUUGAUAUUAACAGCAGGUGGUUAGGUGGUGGGGCCCCUUUGAUGGCCGCUGUCUUGUGGAGGCACACAGACGUUUGUGAGUUCCUCGUGAGUAGGGGAGCUAAUGUGUCACAAGUUGAUGAUGGCGGCAACAGCGUCCUGCACUUUGCCAGCAAGGUCGGACAAUUAGAUCUGAUGAAGAGUCUUCUCUCACAAGGCAGUGUUGAUAUUAACAGAAGGGGAAAGUACGGAAGGACACCAUUGAUGAAUGCAGCGUAUUAUGGUAAUAGAAAAAUGUUUCAUCUGCUUGAGAACACAGGUGGUCUAACUACCUUGGUUGACGAUCAGGGUCACAACAUCCUUCAUCUGGCCUCUUUAGUUGGACGUCGAGAGAUGGUGAAGCUCAACCUCUCACAGAACAUGACCGAUAUUAACGCCCGAGAUAAGGAUGGGAAAACUGCAGCCAUGACAGCAAAGCGCAUCGUGUCAGGUCAACUACUGGCCUCACUAAUUGCCAAGGAGGAGAAGAAAGAAAACGGGGAUGAGCUAUAUUUUGUAGCUCAAUGCCGGCAGCAGAAAAGAAAGAUAAAGGCACGGAAAAAAAAUGUGCAGAGUGUGAACAAUUAUUCCCGUCUGUCGGAUGCUGAACAACGAGAUAUCGGCACAACUCAGGCAAACCGACAGUUGUCGAAAUCUUGUGACGACGCAUAUAUUCCUGACUCCAACCUUGUCCAGUUCAAGCAAAACUCACAAAUAGUUGCAAUCCAGAACAACAAAGCCAUAUCUUCUGAAAUUAUUCGCACAAUAUUCGCUGGACCUAUCUACGGUGGUGUUUUCAAGAUCAAUGUCGGAAAUUCAACGGGUGCGACUGCCAGUGUCACCAGAUCAGCUGAUCCGACGAGUGCGAGUGAACCGAAGCCUAAGCGUCGGCGAAUCUGUCCUGUCGUUUUCCCAAAUUCGUCGGAUGAUGAAUACCUUCAUUCUAUUGACCAAUAA